AGUUGUGCAGGUGGUGUAUGACGACGAGUCCGUGACAUAAUUUACCCAAGCAACAUAUGUCACCCCCCAAGAGCGGCACCAAAACGCAAAUUUCAUGCACUAUCAACAAGAGGUAUAUACAAGGAGGGAGGUGAUCAUAAUUACUUUGUAGUUGUUUGCUAUAAACGCGAUUCCAUUUCCGAACAACAAUCUUUCUAUCUUCGAUAACAUAAAACAUCUUGAUCUUACUUUCUCGCGAUUAUUAUGCGGAAGACCUCCUGAUACAAGUAGUGGAGCGUCGUGGUCCUUCAUUUUAUCUUCUUCACGACUGAGACAAAAAAUAUUAAAGUUCGAAUCUUCAGUUCGCUACACAAAUCAACUCAAUCUUAUUCUUGAUACCUAUACCAAAAGUAAGUGUCAGUACGAUCAACAUGUUGUGAAUCCAUGGAGAGUGAAACGUUGUAGUUCAUAUGUAAGUGUUUGGAAUCCGUUUCUCUUUACAACAUCUCUUUUCCCUUGUGUGCUUGGUUGAAUAUCAGUACUCAUGAACGGAAAUAAAAAUCAUGUAACCUCCAGAACGAAGUAUGAAUGUGAUAGUACUUACAAGAACUAGACCUUCUCCAAUUCACCGCUUUAAAUUGAUGCAACUUUGAUACGAAGUCGAAGAUUGAUCGACAUUCAUUAUCCAUUUUCCUUGUGAUUAGUUUAUGUUCGAUGUAUCUAGGAUUAGGUGAAUAAUUAAAACCAUUGGAAGCGUAAGCGUCUGAAAUCAUUUUUAGGAAGUAGCUUGCAGAAAUUGAAUGAUUCUAAUACACAUUACAGUCUGUCGUCGAGGUGUUAGUUUAGUGGUGUAGUGAUGUAGAACAUUGUACUAGAAUAGCUAUAGUUUGCAGUUGUAAAUGUUGUAUUUUGAUGCUCCUUGGGGUGCGGUUGGUUGUUCCUAACUACGAUAGAAUAGUAAGAAUCAUCUUUUAAUUAAUAUCUGCUUGACGUUCCUCUAUUCUUCAGGAAGUAGAAGAAUUGCUUAUCAACGUCAUUUGUAGAACUUCUGCUUGUGGUGGGAUAGUACAUCUGGUAGCAUAAAAUUAAAAGCUAGUCAUAUCAUCUACUACCUAUCGAUUUAGGUAUGCUUCUUUCUUUUGCAGCAGCAGUUGUUGUUGGACGAACGAAGGGAAGUCUACCACGUAGAUGAUUCAUUCUUGGUUACGUACAACAUUAUUUUCCGUGGUCUUGUUGUUUUAGAAAUUUGAGUCUUCUUCUGAUGAAAUUAGGCAUGGCCCUGAGGAGAUAAAGGUAUCUUUGGGCCCUGUAUGCUAAUCUUAAUACAUCUUUGUUCAACUAACUAGGACACUAACUUAUAAAGUUUUUUUCUAUCAUUCCCUAUCUUCUGGUUGUUUUGGGAGGAUAAAGACUACAGGUUGUAGUAUGUACUUCCAUUUAAGUAAUUGAAAUGUUACGUUUAUUUUAGGGUUUUUAGGCUUAGGUUUCCAGCUACUUCGAGUCCUCGUCCAUCAUGACAAAAGCGUUGAGUUUUUCCUCUUUACAGAAUCAGGAAGGGGGGAAGAUGAAUUCGUCGAGCAGCCCAGGCGCUGUAUCGGGAACAAUGGCGGGAGCAGGAGGGGAGCUUACGCCCGUUGUCUCGUCGUCACAAAUCGUUGUGACGCCGCGAAGUACAGUCAGCGAUGCUUUGGAGCUGCUGCAUCAGGUUGCCAGUCACCCGCUAACGCCUCCAGUGAGGGAAACUCUUUCGAGACUCAUAAAAACUCUUCGGCAUAUUCAGCAGAGUAUUAAAACCGCAGCGAAACUUGAUCAGCUGCAGUCUACUAGGACGAAUUCGAGCGCUGCCUCCAACGCUUCUUCAGGAUCAAGUAGUGAUGCAACUACGGCACCAGGAACUUCGAAUCCAGAAAACGGAGCCAUGAUCACAAACACAACAACAGCUACUGCUACUAGUACAAGUACUGCAAAAAUUAUAUCGCGAUCCCAUUCCGCACCUAAUAUGUCUUCCUUACCUCGAGAAAAGCUCCGCGACCUAUACGACGAAGCCUGUUCCCAAGCUGGGACCUUGCGUUUUGAAAUCGCGAUGAGUUACAAGGACACUCCAGAAAUGCGGGAUCUAUUGGUCAGUAAAGUCCAACAAUGCCACGACUUGCUAAAACAGAUGUACAAAGCUUUGUGCGAUCGGCUCAGUGUCCAGAUGGCAUUAGACGGGCUCAGAGACAUGAAGGACACAGCGGUCGGAGUGGCGAUUUCGUGCCGGACCACGUUUUUGAACUUGUGCGAACAAGUGAUUGAAAUAUUGGAUUCAAUGGCUACGCAAGUGCCAGGUACUGCUUCUUCAAUGUUGUUGUGCAAUUCUAUACCUCAACAUCAUCACGAUUUCUAUACUUGUCAUCAAUGAAUAUGAAAAUCACCAUCCCUGCUCCCAGACCACAUCAAAACAACAGGCUACAGCGUCCUAAAACGCCUACACGAUAGUGCUCUAGAAGCGUUAUUGCGCUUAAAAGAACUGCUGUGCGGAGAAACUGGUCUUGCUAUCACACUGCGACGUCGAUUUCUGCACCAGAUUGAGCAGGCACUGGAAUAUUUGCACGCUGUGAAAGACCGGCUUAUCAAGUCGCAGUCGCUUUCGCUCGCACUAGACUUAAGGCUUACGUCAAUUCAUUUUAAGAAGCAUCUUUGAAACGGUUCCAAGAGAAAAAAGCGCUCUUCAAAGAUGCGCUUCAAGAUGAUAAUCAAAAAAAAUAACAAGGUCUAAUACACACACUCGACGACAUCGAACGCAACGCCGAAGCGCUCUGCCUAGUCGGUUGUGAUCGAUUGGAUAGCUUUUACGGCGAAAGCACUCAGGGCGUGGUCAGUAGCGACAAGCACGGUGCGGGCAAGGGCUUAGAUCUCGUGCGAGAAAGCACCAAUAGGGUGCAAGCGGAGCUACGGAGACUCAAAGAACAGUUCGUGAAGGAGAAGUUAGCAGCUACGAGGACGAAGAUUCGAGACUUUCAGCAGGAAAUGCUGAUUGUGAACGACCAAAACAUAGCGAAAUUACAACAGAAAUACGAAGACUGCUUCAAUGCGCUACAGCAAUUAACGACUGCUGAGUUCCUAGAAUUCCCGCAGGAUGCCUUGCUACCAGAGCAAAUUCUUCUGCUUAGGAAAAAGAUCUCCAUGGUGGGGGAUUACUUGCAGGAUACGGUACUACAAUUACCAUGCUACUACUAUUUUGAUUUUUGCUAAAGCUUAUUGCCUGAGGUAGUUCUUGAAGGUCAGCGUAAGGGAAUCCAGAUUAGGGAAUCAUGAUGCCUCGAAAGUAUCUCUCCGUCUCUUGUCACUCGAGGCAAGCCAGCACCAUCGACUUUUUAUUUUUUGGUGAAUCAACUUAUCAAUUUUUCUCAGGUAACCCGCAACCACUUAACGAGUACUCUUAUCACUAGUUCGAUGCAGUAUAUGCGGAGCCUAGUCAACCUGCGGAAAGCUUGCGGCAUGCUGUCCCAGUACGGGGAGAGUAUCAAAAGCCUAGUGCCCUUCCAUGAAGAGAUAGGCUUUCUACUUGAGGAGGCGUCGGAGCGAGUGAGCCGACUUCUUUUAUUCGAGAAAAUACGCGGUCUGUUGCCAGUAGAAUUUGUGUCGCAGAUGCUGAAGGAGGCGUUUGAGUCUGUGAACAACUUGCGCAUAGCGAUCCAAGCAGCAGUUACAACGGCUGUGACGACCGUAGUGGCGACCGGGAAGAAUGCUGCAGGUACUUGAUCUUCGAUUUCUUCUCUAAUCAUGGUCGAUGGAAUUAGAAGGCAUUGCUUGCCUGCUAGAAUCUCUUAAUUCCUUUUCACGUCACUUUUCUAAUUCGCUUCGCACUAUCUAUCUACCUGGUACAAGCACAACACACACACCCACACAGACGGAGUGCAUUCUGCGGCAGUGGAAACGCAACGACGCAUGGUUGCCAUAUUGACGCGCAUCUGCUCAUUGAUUUUGAACGCCCAACGCGAUGCCGUGUACGGCAUGUAUCAGCUUGGGCUGGACAGCGUCAUCUUCGCAGACCGAAUCUUGGGUGUAGUUCAAUUUGCCGAAGCGGUUGUAAGCAAGGCUCGCAGCGUGAACACGCUUAAUUCGGUGCUGGAAGGGAGCACGAAGAAAGCGCUGGCAUUGGACAGAUUCAUCACGGGAGGGGCGGCUAGGGAUCUCCUCGAAAACGCGAUUGAAGAUUACCAGAUUCGGGGAGGUAGGAUUCACUCUACGAGUAUGGUUUAG